UUUUGUUCUCAAGUCGCUUGAGGCGACUGGAAGCCUUAGGCCGGAAAGCCACCCGGUGCGCCGCUGUAAUCUGCCCUCGCCCAGCAUGAAGAUCAACAUCGCGAAUCCCACCACUGGCAUGCAGAAGAUGAUCGAGAUUGAUGACGACAAGAAGCUGUAUCCGUUCUUCGAUAAGCGAAUGGCUGGAGAAGUGUCUGGCGAUUCCCUUGGGGAUGAGUUCAAAGGCUAUGUCUUCCGCAUUGGCGGUGGCAACGACAAGCAAGGCUUCCCCAUGAAGCAAGGCGUGAUGUGCAACCAUCGCGUUCGCUUGCUCUUCAAGAAGGGCAUGUCCUGCUACCGGGAGCGCAGAAAGGGUUGCCACAAGCGCAAGUCUGUCCGAGGAUGCAUUGUCGGACCUGACCUGGCUGUGAUGAGUUUGGUCUUGGUGAAGAAGGGCGCCGAAGAGAUUCCAGGACUGACGGAUGACAACAAGCCUCGUCGCCUGGGACCAAAGCGUGCCAGCCACAUUCGCAAGCUCUUUGGUUUGGAGAAGAAGGACGACGUGCGCCAGUUCGUGGUGCGCCGUGAAGUGAAGGAGGGCAAGAAGAGCAAAGCUCCCAAGAUCCAGCGCCUCAUCACUCCUCAGCUCCUGCAGAGAAAGCGAUUCUUCAAGGCCGUGGUGCGCAAGCGCAUGGAGGCCGGGAAGGAGGCCAAGGCGGCCUACGGCAAGCGCUUGGCCGAGUACCGCCACGAGCUGAAGGAGCGCCACGCCGCGGAAGUGGCCAAGAAAAAGGCCAAGAAAAAUUGAGAAAAUUGUGGCGAAACGACUUUCGAAACAACUUUGCAGCAAAGCUUGAGCUAAGAUUAAGAAGGAAGCUGAGUUUGCAAACUUGAACACAAUUGAAAGAGCUUAGCAAGCUACAGAAGCAAGGAAAGGCGCUUCAAACGAAGCAGCGACGGGUGGAAAAAAG